AUGGACUCCAACUUUGAACUGCCUUCGCUGAGGGCCACUUUGAGACUAGGCGCCCCAACCAAGUCUAGGCUGAGCUCUACUCAGUUCUACGAUGUAGACUUCUAUCCCUAUACCGCCCCCGGCCAAGUCCCUGUUUUCGCCGUGUGCGGAGGUCCAUUUACCAUCAUAUGUCGGUGUAAACUUGACAGCAACGGCACCGUCGAGAUCCUGCGGUGGUUUGAAGAUGACGAGGCCACUACUGAACACGGCACGUCCGACGAUAAAGUCAACUACAACAGCAUCGUAUGGUCUCAGGCUGAAAAUGGCGACCCGCUCGUCUGCGUCACAGGAGACUCUCGCAUCAAGGUCUUGAAUGUCCAGACCGGGGAGCUCACAGCAACCCUGAUAGGCCAUGGCGAUUCUGUCAACGAUCUCGCCAUAUCGCCCAUAGACCCGACCAUUCUCGCCUCCGUGAGCAUUGACCAUAGUCUCCGAAUAUGGAGCCUUCACCCCGACCACGAAAAGCAGCCCCUCGGAGCCAUCUGUUACGGGCAAGGCCAUAAGGACCAGGUGCUUACCAUUGCAUACCACCCGAAAGGCCGGUACAUCCUAACAGCGGGUAUGGAUACCAGGAUCAAUUUGUGGGCAGUACCCGAAGACCUCAAAGAACACGCUGGCACCGACAAGCCGGCCAUAGUGCACUAUCCGCACUUUUCCACUACCGAGAUACACACUGACUUCAUCGACUGUGUUCAAUGGUAUGGUGACUUGAUCCUCAGUCACGCAUGUCGCGAGAACAAGAUUAUACUUUGGGGUAUCGAUCGAUUCAAUUCCAAUCGGUCUACGCCUCCUCCGCCAGUCCCCACAUCGAGCGCGGUCCACAGUAGAACCCCUGUAACAAUUCCCGCGAACUCGACCUCAAAUACACGGUCUGCAUGGGGCGGACGCUUCCAGAGACUUCUGCAAUUCGACUUGCCGCACACGAACCAGUUCUACAUUCGCUUCUCUGUCUUUCACGAGCUUGGCCGCCAUCCGAUUCUAGUUGCGGGCAACGAGAGAAGCAAGACCUUCUUUUGGGACUUACAGCGACUAGAGAAAUCGGGUACCGGAGAAGAUGAAUCCCUGACUUCGAAAGGCUUACCGCUCAGCCUACCUAGACACGUGCGCGAAGGAAGCUCGGCAUCUACUGCCUCGUCUGCUAUCAGUACAGGCUCGGGUAAUACCAAGACCAAACAGAAGCGGCAGAACGAGCAGUCUCACGAUCGAGGCAUAUCCGACCCCUUUCGCUCGAUCAAAGCACACAAGAUUGUCGAGACUCCAAAGUACAAAGCCUUCGCGUUCCGUCACUUCGCCUGGAGCCGUGAUGGUCAAUGGUGCGUCGGCGCCGGUGACUGUGGGACCAUCAAUAUAUUCAGCCGUUGGGAUUCUCUUCCUCCAAUCGACACAGACAGGGAAAUCCCUACACAGGAGGAUGACGGCCUACAGAUCAGUCAGUCCAACCGCACACCAACAUCAGCCGCGCGCACGGCCGAUGUCGAACUCAGUACGAGCAUCAACUGA